AUGCGCAACGAUAGCCUGAUCGUGGACUUCUUCCAAGGUCAAUUCCGGAAUCGGCUACAGUGCCUGACGUGCCAGAACACAUCGACGACGUACAACACGUUCAUGUACCUAACCCUGCCUGUGCCCACCGGCCGGCUUAGCAAGGUCACCCUGCAGCAGUGCCUGGACGCGUUCGUGAAGGAAGAGAUCAUGGAAAAGUCCGAUGCAUGGAAUUGCCCACAUUGCAAAGCACUCCGUCGAGCAACCAAGCAGCUAUCACUAUCCCGCUUGCCGCCCAUCCUACUCAUCCACCUCAAGCGGUUCUCAUCCAAGGGAGCCGCGGCUGACAAGAUUGAGACGUUUGUCGACUUCCCGACCAAGGGAUUAGAUUUGACGAACUACAUGCCGCCGCCGUUGCCGCCGGGCGUGGACAAUGGGAUACCAGGUGCCCAGCAGUUAUCCUUGGACGAUCCCAGACGUCAAAUACCCCCUUACAAGUAUGACCUUUACGCCGUCACGAACCACUUCGGCAGCCUCAGUAGCGGGCACUACACCGCGUUCAUAUCUUCCCGCAACCAAUGGCUUUACUGCGACGACAGCCGGGUCGUACAGGCUGAUCCCAAAGAAGUGGUCGGUAAACCGGCGUACGUCCUAUUCUACAAGCGCGUCAAAGCUUAA